AUGAUACCUGUUGACAGUCCAUGUAACAAGUUCAUUGUUAAGGUGAGUAUGCCGUUGGUCAGAGGAGCAGUAUGUCAAUUUCAUCAGACAUCAGAGCCCAAAUGAAUCAUUUAGAACUUCAAAAAAUCUUUGAUACAUCAAAUAGAACAAAAGGGCCUGUGUCCUAUCUGUUGUUCAAGAAGCAAUGCUUCUCAAAACAACUCAAUUCGAUGAGUGCAUCUCGUUUUCUCUCGAAUUUUCAGUUUUCCGGUCACCACUCCAGCGUAUUUUCUUGUUUUUGAAAACACCGAACUUCUACAUUUAGAUAAUCCCCGCGAAGUCCAAAUCGUCAGUAAUCCUUUCCUGAUCAUCAAAAACUUCCUCUUCUCCGAUUCAUUUCCGUUGUGCUCAUGCACAUGGUCAUCCACUCAUUCAUUCUCAUUUUCCAGAUGGAAACGACUACUGAACUCGUUGAUUACACCGACCAUUCCAUUUAUGGACUCGUUGUUUUCCUCGUUAUUCUCAUUUUCUUUGCGUCUCUGACCACCGGACUCAUCUUGUGCCUCCUCAAAAUAUGGUGCUCAUUCCAUGAACAGCGAAGGAAUUCAACAUUCGACCAGGUGAAUUUUGACUCGGUGUUUUAAUCAAUAUCUGCCACUUUUAGAGAACUCGACGAUCGAUUGUCAGGAGUUCGCCGAAUUUCGACACGGACAGCGAAGACGAGUCGGAAACUCAAACCACAUUAAGCAAAAGACGAUUCUGUUAGUUUGCGCCGCUUGCUUCUUAAUUUUAUGAGCCAUUUGCAGCGCAACGUCUUAUGAGCUACGUCACCAAAACACUGGACAAGCGUGAACCGGCGAAGGAAAUUCCGAAAAUUGACGUGGGUUUAUGAUAUUAUCAGGAGAAUAAUGAAAAACUGAAGAAAGUGUUUCAGGUGGAACAGCCACAAAUCCACGGCCGAACUGGUAGUGCGAGUAGCCGGAGACUUCCUGCCAUCAACAUAGAUCCAGUAAGCAGAAAGUGCAGUUGAUUCCUUCAAACAUGGUUCCUUCAGACAUCAGAUGCAAUGGAGACUCUAAUGAAGAACUUAGAAGGAAUUCCGGGCCGACAGAACAACUACGACGACAACGAUCCUGCAAAUGUGAUUGAUGUCUAA